CAGCGGAAAAGCAGGUGCUCGCGCAUUCGCGCUUCGAGCACGCUGCUUCAAGGGGGAAUCGUGACACCUCUACAAUUAGAUAUUCAUCUUUCUAUUUAUAAACGUAGCCCACCGCCUUGGAGAUUUAAUUCUCUUCUUUUGGCAGACAGUGAAUUCUAUGCCAGUGGUUGAGUUCCAGCUGCACAGUAAAAUAAAUGAUAAGGAAAGGAUUUUGCCUAAAGAUGAAAUAGUGACACAAUAUCUGAAGCGAAACUACUACUAGGGAUUGAAAGAACCAAGUAUGAAGCGAUUAUUGACCCAGGCGAACAGUAACUGGAGGUGUGCUCAGCUGAAACACAUCAGUAUUUAUUAAUUAAGAAAAGUUGAGGCGGAAGCGUCAGCCCUUGUCAUGUGAAGACCGAGCUCGUGUAAAGACCUGCAAGUCUACCUGUGCGAGUCCACCGAAUAAGGACACCGACAAGACAUCACACGUGCUGCUAAGUAUACUUUUUCUCCCUUUAUUCCUCUUGCUGUUACCUGUUUCCACACACUAACAUGUGUCAUCAGUUCAUCCCUGUUAUUUGCCACAGGCACAGACCGUGACAUUCUCCCAGAAACGUACUCAACUUGGACAACCUACGCUUUCUGAAUGCGGCCUCUGCAGGUUCCAUCUCAUUCUCAGUCGGACUUUGGAACUGCCAAUCUGCUGUCAACAAGGCAGAUUUCAUUUCUGCAUUUGCAACCCACUCCAAUCUCAGCGUGCUGGCUCUGACUGAGACCUGGAUCCAUGCUGAGAACACUGCCACACCCGUUGCCCUGGCCUCCAACUUCAACUUCUCCCAUACCUCACGCCCCAACAGACGAGGGGGUGGUACAGAACAACCUCCUGGACACCAAGCAGUCUGGCUUCAAGAGCAACCACUCCACGGAGACUACUCUGCUUUCCAUCACUGAAGCCUUACGACUAGCAAGAGCAACCUCUAGAUCAUCUGUCCUCAUCCUACUUGACCUCUCUGCUGCUUUCGACACUGUGAACCAUCAGAUCCUUCUGUCAACUCUCUCCAGCCUGGGCAUCACUGGAACGGUUCUGCGCUGGGUGGAAUCCUAUCUCUCUGACAGAUCCUUCAAGUAGGUGGCGGUAAUGCACCUUAAGCUGGUUUGCCAACCGCCAUAAAACAAUAAAAGAAAAAGACGAAGGAAACUCACACACACUUGGUGUCGGAGCUUCCUUCUCUACACGGCUUGGAAGCGCUGAUGUUACACAGAAUAUCACUUAAGGUGAGUUCAUCUGAAACUGACCACCUGAGCUACUCGGUUAACAGAGUCCAGACGGCGGUCUUUAAGAAAAUCUCCACAGACUCCUGCUGCUACUGGCUCAGAGAUGUACCACUGCUCAGAUUGUGGGGAGAGUUUUACUAAAAGUCAUCAGCUCAAAGAUCACGAGCGGAUUCACACAGGAGAGAAGCCGUAUCACUGUGGACAGUGUGGGAAGAGUUUUACCCAACCAUGGACUCUCCAACGACAUGAGCGCAUUCACACAGGAGAGAAGCCUUAUCAAUGCUUGCAGUGUGGGAAAAGUUUUACUUUACGGUGUAAUCUCCAACGACACCAGCGUAUCCACACAGGAGAGAAGCCGUAUCACUGUGGACAGUGUGGGAAGAGUUUUACUUGCCAGCGUACUCUCCAACGACAUGAGCUCAUUCACACAGGGGAGAAACCGUAUCUCUGUGCACAGUGUGGGAAGAGUUUUUCUUUUCAGAGUAAUCUACAACAACACGAGCGCAUUCACACAGGAGAGAAGCCGUAUCACUGUGGACAGUGUGGGAAGAGUUUUACCCAACCAUGGACUCUCCAACGACAUGAGCGCAUUCACACAGGAGAGAAGCCGUAUCACUGUGGACAGUGUGGGAAGAGUUUUACUUGCCAGAGUAAUCUCCAACAGCAUUUGCGCAGUCACACAGGAGAGAAGCCAUAUCACUGUGGACUGUGUGGGAAGAGUUUUACUUUUCGGAGUAAUCUCCAACAGCAUGAGCACAUUCACACAGGAGAGAAGCCUUAUCACUGCUCGCAGUGUGGGAAAAGUUUUACUUUACAGUGUAAUCUCCAACGACACCAGCGUAUCCACACAGGAGAGAAGCCGUAUCACUGUGGACAGUGUGGGAAGAGUUUUACUUGCCAGCGUACUCUCCAACGACAUGAGCGCAUUCACACAGGGGAGAAGCCAUAUCUCUGUGGACAGUGUGGGAAGAGUUUUUCUUUUCAGAGUAAUCUCCAACAACACGAGCGCAUUCACACAGGAGAGAAGCCGUAUCACUGUGGACAGUGUGGGAAGAGUUUUACCCAACCAUGGACUCUCCAACGACAUGAGCGCAUUCACACAGGAGAGAAGCCGUAUCACUGUGGACAGUGUAAGAAGAGUUUUACUUGCCAGGGUAAUCUCCAACAGCAUUUGCGCAGUCACACAGGAGAGAAGCCGUAUCACUGUGGACUGUGUGGGAAGAGUUUUACUUUUCGGAGUAAUCUCCGACAGCAUUUGCGCAUUCACACAGGAGAGAAGCCGUUUCACUGCUCGCAGUGUGAGAAACGUUUUCGUGACCAGAGGACUCUCCACAGCCACCAGCAGAGACACACUGGACAGAAGCUGUACCUCUGUGGACAAUGUGGGCGGAGCUAUACACUUUCAAGUUCAUUAAGGACACACAAGUGCUCUAACAUAAAACCAUCAGACGUUAAUUUCUCAAAUGAGCACUGGCUUGCUUUAUACCGGAGAAAUUUUUGGCUCGUACGGAAACCCUUCAGACUACGAACUCUUUCUUCACUUGAUUAAUUAUUUUUUGACAAAGAACUGUUGCAAAAUAAAAUUUAACCCUGCACAAGUUCAAAACUUUACUUCAGUUUGCUGAAAAACAGUGGUUUUUUUUCUGUCACAAAGCUAAAGGUUAUUCGUUUAUCCGUAUUAUGUCUAUGUAUAGCAAAGAUUUAAAUAGAAAUGAUGUUUAUGUCUUUUUUUUGUUAAAAAAAUGUACCUUAGAGUAAAUAAAAAGCAUUCCUUUACUUUUGUACAAUGUGUUAACUCUCUAGAUGUUUCAUUUGCAUGUGUAGUGGAAUAUUAAAUGACAAUGCUUUUAAAAGUUUUUCCAUAA